AUGUCUUCCAUCGGCCUGCUUCUGUCCCUGCUCCUCCUCGCCAUAACCGGGUCGGCCUCGCCGUAUUCAUCGACCUACGAUUAUGGCUUCGACGCAGGGAAACUAGCCAAACGCCAGGCCCAACAACGAAUUGUUGUUGCUAAGCUUCCUUCCGUUAACAAAACCAUUCCUAUUCGGCAAGAGAUCAGGCAGAUGAAGCAGAACCCGUUCAAAUGGAACCUUUUCAUCCUCGCGUCUAGCAUGCUACAGUACACAGAUCAGAAAGAUGAGCUAUCCUGGUACCAAAUAGCAGGCAUUCACGGUGUUCCCUUCGUACCCUGGAAUGGGGUCCCAGGCAUCCCAGGAGGCGAGGACAGAGGCUAUUGCACACACAUGUCCAUCUUGUUUCCAUCAUGGCACCGACCAUACCUUGCUCUGUACGAGAUGAAGACGUUGACACCAUGGCAGCAAGUUCUCUAUCGGCUCGUUCAGCUGAUCGCCUCAUGGUUCCCAGAUCCCACUGAACGUUCCUUUUACCAAAACGCUGCAAUUGACUUCCGCAUUCCGUACUGGGACUGGGCCACGCCGCCGCCACCCGGAGAGAUGGUCUACUUAUCGGAGUUCGCAGAGCCGGGGAUCCAAGUGUACGGCCCCAGAGGAUGGCAGUUCAUCGCGAACCCGCUGCAUAGUUACAAAUUCCGGCCACUUGACCCAGAAGUCUUUUCCGAAGGCGAUUUUCCGCGUUGGACAGAGACGAUGCGAGCGCCCUUCGAGACAUCAAACAACCAGAGCAUUGCGCACGCAGUCGAGCAUGCCAGACCAGCGCUUCAGCAACGUCUCUACACGCUCUUAUCGAACUAUAAGGACUAUGGACCCUUCAGCAACAAGUACUGGGGGAUAGCAACAAAUCAGUCUCAAUACGACUCCAUUGAGUCACUCCACGACGCCAUGCAUGUUCUGGUUGGCAACCGCGGCCAUCUCUUCUAUAUACAAUACUCGGCGUUCGAUCCUGUCUUCUUUCUGCACCAUACUAUGGCGGACAGAAUUGUGGCGAUGUGGCAAGUCCUGUACCCAAUGUCUUGGGUGUCCGCUCAAGUCGCCGUGGAACACUCUUUCACGAUGCCGCCAGGAUACGCCCAAGACGCGUUUACAGAACUCAAGCCAUUCUAUGCAGACGUCAACGGCACUUUCUGGAAUUCAGCAAUGGCAAGGGACACCUCGGCCUUUGGGUACUCGUACGCCGAGACUAGCUCCAGCCCAGGGAGUAACCUGGCCGAGAACCAGGCACGGCUCAUAGCAACCAUCAACCGGCUCUAUGGGCCAUCCAGCUCCUCUAACCCAGCCCGGAAGAGAAGGAGAACGGCGACAGGAAGUGAUCCGGGCGCCCGUGACCAGGUUAGAAAAGGGACGAUUUCCAGCAAGAAGGUGAUGGAUUUUUCCCACGACGUAGACUUCGUUUCCAAAGUAGUUACGAAAGCCACCAUGUACACCGAAUGGGUUGCCAACGUACACGUCCAGAAUGGGGCGCUGAACGGCUCGUUUACCGUUCAUUUCUUUCUUGGCGAAGUGCCCGAAGACACAACUUCCUGGCUUGCUGCACCAAACUUGGUGGGAUCGAUGCCAGUAUUCGCAAUGAAAAACAUGGGUUCGGGUAACCAUGUAUCGGGGACUGUUCCUUUGACGUCUGCUUUAAUGCAUUUGGUGUUGGCAGAAGUCAUCUCCGGGCUUGAUCCCAAGGAGACCGAGCCUUACCUUGAGGAGAACCUCCGAGUCCGCGUUGUCGGAGAAGAUGGAGCGGAGAUAUCCGUGGACACCAUCAACAGCUUACACAUUCAAGUCGCGAGCUCACAAGUUCGGGCAGCCAGGAACGAAUGGGAGCUUCCGAGUUGGGGUACCGUAGUGGAGAGGUUCGUGAUGCACCACGGUUGA